AAUGGGGCGGUCUUUCUCUCUCUCUCUCUCUCUCAAAAUCUUGUUUCUUUUUUGACUAUUGUAUUCUACGUUUCAAUCUUAUUUGCAGCUUCCAUUGUUGAAUGAACUAACACCAAACACCAAUCCAAACGGAACCCUUAAAAUAAAUUUUCAAUCCUUUUUUCUUCUUGGGGUUUUAGUCGGUUUCGAACCCUUACAAAACUCUCUCACAAAUCUCACCAGUUUUGAACCUAACACACCAUUUCUUUCGAGUUUCUUAUUUGUCUUUUUUUUUUUUUUUUCUAUCUCAUAAUAACUCCAACUUCUGCUUCCUACAUUCUUUUUCUUUCAUGUUUUAUCGACUUUUUUUUCCUCGUGGAAAUUACUGUACAAUGUCAUUGAAGAGUUAGAUAAAACUACUGUUGCGCAAGCUGGAUCCUUCUGUAAAGGUAUUUGGUUCCCUAUAGUUCAACUUCCUUUUCAAAAUCUCUUCUGCAGAAAGGGUGUUAGUCCAGCAUCAGUCAUCAACAGUGAGAGAUAAGAGUGUUCAGGGAAUCAUGGUAUCAAGAUCCUACAUAAGCUUGUUGGACUUGGCUUCUGGGGACAUGUUUAAUUUCCCUCAAACAAUAAGAAAAAUUCCUCAGGUUAUGACUGUUCCCGGAAAUAUUUCUAAGGUGGACAGUAACACACUCAAUGAUGGAGAUUUUGAUGCUCUUUCCUCUGAAUGCUGUGAAAAAAAAAUUAUCGUGGCAAAUUUUCUUCCUUUACAUGCUCAAAAGGAUUUGAAAUCUGAUCGAUGGUCCUUCAGUUUUGAUGAAGAUUCUCUUCUGUUACAAAUGAAGGAUGGCUUUUCCGCUGAUACUGAUGUUGUUUAUGUGGGUUCCUUGAAGGUUGAUAUAGAUUCAAGUGAACAAGAUGAAGUUUCUCGGAGACUGUUGGAGGAAUUUAAUUGUGUGCCCACAUUUCUUCCUCCUGAACUUCAGAAAAAGUUCUACGAAGGGUUUUGUAAGCAAUAUUUAUGGCCUCUUUUUCAUUACAUGCUACCCAUGUGCCCAGACUAUGGUAAUCGCUUUGACAGGUUGCUUUGGCAAGCUUAUCUUUCCGCUAAUAAGAUAUUUGCAGAUAAGAUCAUGGAGGUGAUAAAUCCUGAAGAUGAUUAUGUAUGGGUUCAUGACUAUCACCUUAUGGUUCUCCCAACAUUUUUGAGAAAACGUUUUCAUCGAGUUAAGCUUGGCUUUUUCCUUCACAGCCCAUUCCCUUCCUCAGAAAUAUACCGGACUCUGCCAGUCAGGGAUGAAAUUUUAAAAGCGCUGCUUAAUGCAGACUUGAUUGGCUUCCAUACAUUUGACUAUGCUCGACACUUUCUCUCAUGCUGCAGCAGAAUGCUUGGCCUUGACUAUGAAUCCAAGAGAGGACACAUCGGACUUGAUUAUUUUGGUCGCACGGUCUACAUAAAAAUAUUGCCUGUGGGGAUUCAUAUGGGCCGACUCCAAUCUGCACUAGAUCACCCAUCGUCUUCUACCAAGGUCAAAGAAAUUGUUGAGCGGUUCAAUGGGAGGAAGCUAAUUGUUGGUGUUGAUGACAUGGAUAUAUUUAAAGGCAUUAGUCUAAAAUUAUUAGCUAUGGAACAGCUUUUACAUCAGAAUCCAGAGUUGCGAGGCAAAGUAGUCCUGGUUCAAAUUGUAAAUCCUGCUAGAAGCACUGGGAGAGGUGUUCAGGAAGCAAAAAGGGAAACAUAUGAGAUUACUAAAAGGAUAAAUGAUACUUUUGGUUUUCCAGGAUAUGAGCCAGUGGUCCUGAUUGAUCGUCGUGUCCCUUUCUAUGAGAAGACGGCCUAUUAUGCUUUGGCAGAAUGUUGCAUUGUAAAUGCAGUGAGGGAUGGAAUGAACCUAGUUCCAUACAAGUACAUUGUCUGUAGGCAGGGGACUUCCAAAAUGGAUGAAGCUCUGGAGAUUGCCUCUGCAUCUCCUCGCAUGAGCAUGCUUGUUGUCUCAGAGUUUAUAGGUUGUUCACCAUCCCUAAGUGGGGCAAUCAGGGUUAAUCCUUGGGACGUUGAUGCUGUAGCUGAUGCAGUAAACAUGGCCAUUACAAUGCCCGACUUGGAGAAGCAAUUGCGGCAUGAGAAGCACUACCGCUAUGUUAGUUCUCAUGAUGUGGCUUAUUGGGCCUGUAGCUUUAUGCAAGAUUUAGAGAGGGCUUGCAAAGAGCAUUACAGCAAACUUUGCUGGGGUAUUGGUUUUGGGCUGAGUUUCAGGAUAUUGUCUCUUUCUCCUAGUUUUAGAAAGCUUUCCAUAGACCAUAUUGUCUCUGCUUAUGAAAGGACAUGCAGAAGGGCAAUAUUUUUGGAUUAUGAUGGGACAAUUGUACCCCAUGCUUCCAUUAUUAAAAGCCCCAGUCCUGAAGUUAUCUCAGUCCUGAACAAUCUAUGCAGUGACCCCAAGAACACUGUCUUUAUAGUUAGUGGUAGGGGGCAAAACUCCCUAAGUGACUGGUUUGCUCAAUGUGAGAAUCUAGGCAUAGCAGCUGAGCAUGGCUACUUCAUAAGGUGGAGUCGGUUGUCUGAUUGGGAAACCAUUCCACAUGCUGCAGAUUUUGAUUGGAAAAAAAUUGCUGAACCAGUGAUGAAAUUAUAUAUGGAGGCGACUGAUGGUUCCUAUAUAGAGCCCAAGGAGAGUGCCUUGGUAUGGCACCAUCAAGAUGCUGACCCUGAUUUUGGAUCUUGUCAAGCAAAGGAACUGUUGGAUCAUCUGGAAAAUGUCCUUGCCAAUGAGCCUGUUGUUGUUAAAAGGGGCCAUCAAAUUGUUGAAGUGAAGCCACAGGGAGUUACUAAAGGCUUUGUUGCAGAGAAAAUUCUUUCCAACAUGACAAGUAAUGAGAAACCACCUGAUUUUGUCUUGUGCAUUGGUGAUGAUAGGUCUGACGAAGACAUGUUUGAAAGCAUAUCGAAUACAGCUUACAGAUCAUCUCUCCCUGUUUCUCCUGAAAUUUUUGCUUGCACUGUCGGUCAAAAACCAAGCAAAGCUAAGUAUUAUCUCGAUGAUACUGUUGAAAUAUUAACAUUGCUUCAAGGCUUGGCUGCUGCUUCAAGCUCAAAGUCAAGGAGCAACACAGAGACUCAAGUUUCUUUCGAAAGUUCUGUUUGAAACUUGAAGUUUAUUUCACUAUGCUUUGAAUUAGACUGGGUGGCAGAUUUGCAUGGAAUUGACUUCGUUUUGGAUUAAGAUGGUUGAAAUAUUUUUUGCUAUGACAUGGACGGAUUUGCUUAAAGUUGGUCGUUGGUAUAAGAUUCAUUCAUGGUGGCACAUGGCCUGACACAGACUUAAUACAGAAAUGGAAAUACAGAUAAUAAUAUGGUCAUGAUGAACUUGUAGAUGGCUCUGGGGAUUACAAUCACUUCGGAUAGGUGGCUGCUGGCUGAUUGUUGAUACUUCUCAGGUUAGAUAUUGUCAUAGGUAGUCUCACUGACAUGAGGCAUCAUUUAUUUUGUGUACAAAUACAGGUUUUAGUCAAUACAUGAAAUGCAUUCUGAAAAUGAAAUAUAUUGGAUUGGUCCAUUCUGCAAUUGCUGUUUCUCCCCCUUUUUACAAUAUAAGAAUAUGUUGUAACCAAAGUUGAGAUAUCAUGCACAUUGUACUUGCAAAUUAUCACAUCAUUUUGUCCACAUCCUUUAUGUUCCUUACAAUUUUCACUGUACAAUUUUCAAUUUUUUU